AUGCAAAACGGCGAUGUGAAGCGAUCAAACAGGGUUGUUCGCUACAAACCGGCCGAUCCACAAACAUCGGCUGCGCUUGCCGAUGAUCCGAUUCCGGAGUACAUGAACGUUCUGGGAAUGGUAUUCAGCAUGUGUGGUUUGAUGAUGAGGGUGAGUGCUUGUGCUUCCCGGUAA